CUUGCAUAAACAGUCCAGUGAGAGGGCAGACAGCUAACUGGGGACACAAAACACAGCCCAAAACCUCCGGGUUUUUCUGUGAAAAUGAGCAGGAUUGCCGGCGUUCUACGGCGUACGUUUGGAUUAGUACGAGAUCACGUCGGGACAGAUCAUCUGGGGAAUAAAUAUUACUUGAUCCCAGAACAGAAGACAUGGACAGGAAGGCUCGUCCGUGCCAAGCGGAUGGUAGUGGCAGCCAAUCCUACAGAAUAUGAAUAUAUAGAGGGCAGCAUACCGAUGGAGUGGGACGCUUGGAUCCGAGGCAAACGGAAGGAGCCCCCCACCAUCGAGGAGCUGCUGAAGAAUGAUGCUUACAGGGACCAGAUCAAAGUGAAGGCCAAAGAAGUGGAGGAGAAAGAUCUGGCCCUACAAGCCAAGGAGUAUGAGGAAGGUCUGGUGGCGACCCCUGCAAAGACUUUGGCCAAGGGCCACGCAGCUAGCACCAGCUUCGGCAAGCAGGAGAUCAGCAAAGACCCCGUCAGCACUGCGAACACAUUCCAGCCUGGCUCCUGGAUGCCUGAUUCCACAAAAUAGCCAGAGACAGCCACAUUCACUGAGACCGCUCUACAACGCAGUGCAAUCCAAAAGAAAAGCCCUGCAAUAAAGACUAACAUGCGAAUCUGUCACUCACUUUCAGUUGAGACUUUGAAAUUUAAUGUUAGGAGCACCUUUCAGUAUAAUGCAAUCCAAGUCAGUAACCGAGGAAGUAUUUAUUUGAAGGAUGUUUUAUUGGACUGCGUUACAUUAUGUAAGGGGCUCUAUUUUUCCACUCCUCAGUAUAUAUUUUAUACACAAAAGACAAUAUCCAUCACUCAUCUUGACCGUACAACUGGCCAUAAGUGACCACAAUGGUUUAAUGUAGCUAAAAGGUUAAUAAAACAAAGAAAAAACAAAUGGUUGUACUUGUAGCAGUCAUUGAGUGUACCAAAUACAAAUACCUGUAUCACGUUGAAGAGAUGUUGUAGGAAAAAUAAAAAUAAAUUCUGUUGAGAUAAAUAUUAAAUGUUUUAAAUUCAAGCUGAUCAGAAAGACCUCAAGUAUUUAGUCAUCAGACAUUCUAAGGAUGAAAAGUAUGACUUGUUGAAGGAGCAUGUGAAAAAGCGCAUCU